AUGGCCCGCAUCAUCGACGUGGUGCCCUGGGACGAUGGUACUGCCCACGUGUAUGCAUCCCCGGCCAUCUUGCUCCAGAUACCGCGGCAGCGCCAACUGCUGGCCAGCAUGAAGCAGCAGCUCUACCACCCGGCGCUGCCCACCCUGCACCGCAUGGACAUGGACUCCGUCAAGGCCUGCCUCCCGGAUGAGCACUGCCAGUCCACCACCUACUGCCGCAAAGAUGAGUUUGACAAUGCCCACUUCACACUCCUGGGGAUCCCCAAUCAACCCCUGCAUUGCCUGGACAUCACGCCCACUGGCCAGAAGCCCUGCUGCAAGUACCGUGAGGGAAAGUUGCUGCCCAUCGUACCAGGCAUCAACCGGAUCGACUGGCCCUCCUUCACCAGUGCCAUCGAGGACUGGUCCCACUUUGUGUCCACGGCUGGGGAAUUCAAGCUGCCCUGCCUGAACAACAAGGUGGAGAGGUUCAGCGGCUACGCGGUGCGGUAUUUGAAGCCGGAUGUGACCCAGAACUGGAGGGUAAGGGAGAUGCUCGGAACGCUGUGGGAGCUGGGUGGGUGCCCGAGGUCCCUCCCGGGUUUACCAGCGCCCCAUCCCUGUGGCCCGCCCCAGUACUGCCUCAACCAGAACCCCAGUCUAGACCGCUACGGACAGAAGCCCCUGCCUUUCGACUCCCUGAACACUUUCCGGCGCUUUGGCUCCAAAUACAGCCGCAUCAACUACCUGACUCCCUGGCAUUAA